GCACGUGAUAUCCAGUGCACAUAAAGCGCACAUAUUGCAUCACGGUGCAGAGAAGACAUUUCUAGAGUACAAGGCAUGGCCUCGCCCUUUCCCUUCCAUCUCGCUGUAGCACUUCUACUCGUGCUGGUCCAUCAGCAAGCCGCAGGGGAACAACAUACCUUUGAUCUCAACAAGGAGGUGGAGAGGUUCGUAAAGCGCAAGGGCAAGGAGGUCUUAAGGGAAAUAGUCUGGUGGGACGUUCAUGGGAAACAGGAAGAAGUCAAGCAAGGCCGUCGCAAGUACCCACCGGUGACUGCGACAGCGGGACCUGUGGUGUACGGUGCAACGAAGAGCUCAGCAAAGCGACCAAACGUGGUAUAUACUCAGUGGGUCCACAAUGGGCAGGCGUCUUCAUCCCAGACGACCACCAUCGAAAGAAAGACCGAGCACAAGAAGACAGCCACCUGGCACGUUGAAACUGGUUUCAGUUAUUCCGGCUCCGUGACAGCCAGUGCCAGUUUUUUUAUUGUGAACAUUGAAACCAAGCACCAAAUAAGCUUGGACUUGAAAGGGGGAUACCGAGAAGAAGUGUCUGACACCGAGACAUUCUCGGUAAAUCACGUCGUCACCGUGCCUCCCAUGAAGUCCGUCAAGAUUGACUGGAUUAUUACAGAUGCCGAGCAGGAAGUUCCUUGGACGUCUACCGUGACCCUAACCGGACAUAUCGCUAUCAAGUACAAGGAAAAACUCGAAGGUGGCUUCUUCUGGUAUUACAACCUCUUCAAUCUCCAAGAUUCCCGUCUUAGGCAUGCAGGAAACGAUACGUACCUAUACACUGCUAGAGGUACGUUUACGGCAGUCAAGGCACACGAGAAUCACCUUCGCGUCACAGAGCAUGAUUAUCAGGCGUACGGAGGAAGGUCUUCGGAGGUCAGAACAUACAUCCUUCCUUUGAGCCUGACACCGCAUACGCCUGCGGCGAAGACUAUGUGAUACUUAAAAUCUCAUUAAUCCGAAUAAAAUAAAUAUUCUUUAGGGGAGACAUUUGAGAGUAACCCCUUUGUGUUCAUAAAAGAAAAAAAAAGUGGAAAAUUAUUCUAGUACCCUCAGGCUUCAUUUGAAAAAAAAAUGUAUAUAAAUCACAAUGGCAGAAUUAUUUUUUCAUCUCAUUGAAGCAUAUGCAGAAAAUCAGCGACCAAAUACUUAAAAAAUAAAAGUAUUACGCGGUUUGUGCUUUGUAAUAAAUAAUUCGCUUAACCGGCAGCAGGUAAGAGUGAAAAUGGUCAGUAAGCAGCAUCACCUGACGUGUGUCUCUCACUCAGACAUCAUGAGGUGGACUCAAUGAAAUAAAUACACGAGAGAAAGAAUAAACCUCACAUUUUCCACCCA